AUGCAUCGACAUCAUCGGCCACGCUAUUCCCGAAAAUUCAAGUCCGAAGUCACGGAUUUCAUCGAACUGGUGCUUCGGUCAGACCCUUACAAGACUGCCGUCUUUCCAAAGCUAUAUUCCGCACCACCGCCACUCUCUCAAGGACCAUCGAUCAUCUUCCAAAACUACGAAAAAGUGUCCAUCUCGUUCUUCCUCGAAGGUCUAGACUUCCUUCGAUGUGCCUCUCCAACUACCACAGAGAUACCAUCAGUCGGUGGCUGUGCAACGAGGAGAAGAACAAGUUAUUGCUUGGGAAAGUGUCGGCGCGCGAUCAGAACUACCGUUGGCUACUCUUUCUUUCCGUCUUAUGCACGGGCACAGGCCCGAUAUAUCUACAUACGUCUGAACCGCCAACCUUCAACGUUGACAUUUGCGUGGAUAGGACCAUCAUUUUAUCAGGACCUUUCUACGUUUUCAAUACCAUUCGAGCUCUAUGAUGAUCUGUAG